AUGGCCUUCUACAGUUAUAAAACAGUCUUAGCUAUUGCCCGAGCAAGAUUCCCUAGCCACUGUGUCCAUCCCACCAGCUCUUAUCACUCCCCAUCAUUUGCAUUUCUUCACUUACCAGAUUCCCAUUUAAAUAAAACAUAUAUGAAGAACUGUGACAGCAAGAAGUACUCCUAUCCUACUCAGACAGGCCAUAAAGUACUUCACUUAAGGACUAGAGUAAUACAAAAGCUGCACACAUCUGCUUGCUGGCUGCAGGAGGUCCCGGGUAAACCUCAGCUGGAGCAAACCGCGAAGAAGCUACAGGUGCCAAGCCCUCAGCCAACAGAAGAAAUUGGAGUGAAGAUUAAGGAAGAAGAGUGAUCUUAUAGGCAAAUAAUUAUGGAUGAACUUAAAUAUUAUCACAGUGGAUUCUAUUUGCUUUGGAUUGACACCAAAGUGGCUGCCAGAAUGGUUUGGAGGCUGUUGCACGGACAGGUGCUGCCCAGACGAGAGAGAUGAAGGCUGUUGAGAACGUGUGCUGAUUUAUUCCGCCUGGUUCCGUUUAUGGUGUUCAUCACUGUCCCCUUCAUGGAAUUCUUAUCGCCAGCGUUUCUGAAACUCUUCCCAGAGAUGUUGCCAUCAACAUUUGAAAGUGAAUCCAAAAAGGAAGAAAAACAGAAAAAGAAAAUGGCUGCAAAGUUGGAACUAGCAAAAUUCCUUCAAGAAACGAUUGCAGGGGCUUUCCUGAAAGAAACGACUGCAGAAAUGGCAAGGAGGAACAGGGUGCAGCUGGGGGAUGCCUCCACCCAGUUCUCAUCCUACAUCAAACAGGUCCAGACAGGCCACAAGCCCAGCACAAAGGAGAUAGUUUGCUUUUCCAAACUCUUUGAGGAUGAGCUGACCCUGGAGCACCUCGAUCGAUCUCAGCUGGUGGCCCUUUGCAAACUGCUGGAACUGCAGUCCUUUGGAACCAACAAUCUGCUCCGCUUCCAGCUCCUGAUGAAGCUGAAGUCUAUAAAAGCAGAUGAUGAAGUAACUGCCAAGGAAGGGGCGAGUGCUCUGAGCGUGUCAGAGCUGCAAGCGGCCUGCAGGGCCCGGGGGAUGCGGUCACUGGGUCUCACUGAGGAGCAGCUGAAGCAGCAGCUCACAGAGAGGCAGGACCUCCACCUGAAGGAGAAUGUCCCUCUCCUUCUGCUUCUGUCCCGAACCUUCUAUCUGAUAGACGUGAAGCCAAAGCCAAUUGAGAUACCACUCACUGGGGAGGCUCCCAAGAUGGAUAUUCCCGUGGGAUCACCCACUUCCUCUGAAUCUAAAGAGAAUAUGGCGGGUUUAUUACUUCAAGUGAAGGGAACUAAGGAUGAAGAACUGAUACAGCUGCCGCCAGCUACCUCAUCACUCACACCAUCAAAGCCUAUUUCAUUACGUAAAGGAUCCAUACUUCUGCUAAAGAAGCUGCAGAAUCACAAGAUAACCCAGAACAGCAAGACUAGUUCGAAUGGAACAUAAGGACUCAUGGGUGAUGGAGCGCCCUCUCUCUGGCUUCCUGCCCUCAGCAAUGGCAUCCGUAAAGGACAUCCCAGCCAAGAGACUACCUAUGUCUGGUUUCAGAUAUAAGAUCAGACAUUUAGUCCUUGGGGCAGUCUUUUGAGGCCUUGUAACCAUUCAGAUGAUGUCAGCAGCAAGACCAAGUUCAGACCAUUUGGAAAACUAUAAUUGCAAAGUCCAUUUUCCCUGUAGCAAUAGGUCAUCCUACUGGACCUUGUGUAAGGCCCACUAGCCAUGUUGUUUUCGAACAGCUUCGUGUCCUUUAAGGGAGGAAUUUUUUU